AGCUAUAUAACCAUGCUAGCUAUAAAUUGGCUACUAUGCUUCCUCCUUAGCUCCAACUUAUUUAAAACCAUAAACUUGAGCUUACCAUAUAUAUUUUCCCUCAAAUUAUUAUACACUUUAAAAAAAAACACACACACACAGAAAAUGACAUUCACAGAGAAGGAUGAAGCAUUGGUUAAAGAAUCAUGGGAUAUUAUGAAGCUAAAUAUCCCUGAAUACAGUCUUCGUUUCUUCACCAUAAUAUUGGAAAUAGCACCAGCAGCAAAAGAUAUGUUUUCAUUUUUAAGGGAUUCAGAGGAAAUUCCACACAACAAUCCCAAGCUCAAAGCUCAUGCUGUUAAGGUUUUUAAAAUGACAUGUGAGUCAGCAAUUCAACUUCGGGAAAAAGGUGAGGUGGUUGUAGGAGAGACUACCCUUAAGUAUUUGGGAGCCAUUCAUUUGAAGAAUGGAGUGGCUGAUCCCCAUUUUGAGGUUGUGAAACAAGCAUUACUUAGAACAGUUGAAGAAGCAACUGGUGACAAAUGGAGUGAAGAAUUGAAAUGUGCUUGGAGUAUUGCCUAUGAUGAGCUAGCUGCAGCCAUCAAAGCUGAAAUGAAGGAAGAGGCAGCUUAAUCAUUGGUGUUAUAUAAUUAUAUGAAUUACCCAAAAAUAAGCACGAAAAAUAUUUGAAAAGAAAAAAGUUCGAGUUGAUUUUGUUUGCCAAAAUUAGCCAUCUGCUACCUGUGUGAGUUCAUGAUUGAGAAAUUUGUAUUGGUUGGAAAAAAAAAAAAAAGUCAAAUUCAUAUCUGUUGGUGUAAUACGGAGUAAUGUAUUUAAAUCCGGUAAUUAUAUGGAGUAUUGUUUAUUUUUAUUCUACUUUAUUAAAUUAGACUUUGAAAA